AUGAAUGACGCGGUGAUCGGAUUCAUAGCGUGCAUCAUAUCAAGUAUCGCUUUUGGCUUUAUGUUUGCACCUCUUCGUAAAUUUGAUAGCGGUGAUGGAUUAUAUGUGCAGUGGAUACAGUGUGCUAUUGUAUUCGUUCUCGGUUUUAUCAUUAAUAUUGUAAGAGGCUUUCCGGCGUUUAAUCCGAUCGCUAUGAUUGGCGGUAAUAUAGCAUCAGUUCAGAUCAUUAACCAUCUUGGUAUUGGUGUUGGUAUGUUAGUUUGGAGUUCUAUACAGGUAUUAGUUGGUUGGAGUGUAGCACGAUUUGGUUUUUUUGGUACACGUCCACAAUUAGUUUACAAUAAUGCAAUGAAUGUUAUUGGAUUGCUCUUUGUACUGCUCAGUGGAUUUAUGUUUGUUUUCGUCAAACACAAAAAUCAGGAACGACAUUCUACCGCAGAGGGUAAUGUGAUUUCCAUGCAGCAAAUUAAUAGCAAUACGGCACAAACGCAAAUUAAUAAUAUGAACAAAAUCACACCUCACGUAACAAAAGCAAAAAUUGGAUGUCUCGGGCUAUCGGUACUUCUGGGAGUUUUUCAUGGCUUAAUGAUGACUCCUAUUGUAUAUAUUCAAGAUAAUGAUUCGAAUGCAUCUCCUAAUGGCAAGCUUUUGGACUAUGUUUUCCCACAUUUCUGUGCAAUAUUUUCCUGCUCAACAGUUUAUUUCAUUGUCUAUUGUAUAUGGAUGAGAGGUCGUAUACAUGCUCCACCAGAACUGAUAUUGCCCUCAGCUAUUUAUGGAGUAUUGUGGUGUACUGGUAUGACAUUAUGGUUCAUUUCAAAUCGUUUACUAUCACAAACUGUUAGCUUCCCAAUCACUACACGGUUGCCAUCAACAAUUGGAGUUCUAGCAGAUGUGCUAAUUUUUAAGGAUGUUCAGGGCAAGAAAAAUUUGAUAAUCACAUUUUCGGCAGUUACUAUUGGUUUAAUUGGUGUACUGCUAAUCGCAUUUUCAAACCAGUAA